GCGAUGAAAAACACACCGCAGCGUGUUUGACGUCCCAGUGCAAGCAACAAGGCGAGCGAGCGCGUCGCGCACGCAUUUUCGCUGUGCACGCAAUCUGCAACCACGAGCGUGCAUCUCUGCUACGCACGAGGUCACAAGCAACACCGUCGCUCUCCAGGCUGCAGUGCUGCAAACCCAGCCGCAGCGCUAGCAAACGCUACAAACCAAGCCGCAGCAAUCAAACUAGCACCAUGCCGACCUCCAAGAAGAUGCUCGCCAAAGCGAGAGACAUCGAGAAGAAGCUCGCGGCGCUCGACGGCCCCGAGUGGGCCUCGGACUCAAGUGACGACGAGGCCGCCGCGCCCGCGAAGCCCCAGGCGGCCGCGCCCCCACAAAAACCAGGCAGGAAGCAACAAAAGCCCAAGUCAGAAGAGAGCCGCACCAUUUAUAUAGGACACGUCCCCCACGGUUUUUAUGAAAAAGAAAUGGAGGGCUUCUUCUCGCAGUUUGGUGUGGUCACUAACCUCAGAUUAUCUCGCUCAAAACGGACGGGCGCCUCGAAGGGUUAUGCGUUUAUUGAAUUUGGGGACGCGGAGACGGCCUCAAUAGCGGCAAAGACGAUGGACAAGUAUCUCAUGCACGGCAAGCAGCUCGUGGCCCACGUCGUGCCGCCCGAGACAGCGAAUAGACCGAAGCUGUUCAAGGGGUCGGACAAGCCCUUCCUGCCACGCAAGGGCGGCAAGGAGCAGCGCGAGCGGUCGGAGGGGCCCAAUCCGGCCUCCCUGAAGAAGCGCGAGCAGAAGAAGCGGCAAAGGUUAGCCGAGCAGUUCCCGGGCUAUGAUUAUCCCGGGUACACGAAUGGCGAGGCGCCUCCCGCCAAGAGGGGCGCCUUCCAGUCGCCGCCGGCGCCGGCGUCGCGGAAAGCUGCUCCAUCAAAGAAGGCCGACGCCGCGCCACCGAAGCAGGCGAAGCCGAAAGAUCGGGGACUAUUUCAGUCGCCACCGGCGCCGAAGGCGCGGAAGAAGGCGGCCAAGACGCCCCCGGUCGCGUCCCCGAAGACGACGCCGCGGUCGUCGCUCAAGGAAAAGCUCCUCGCGAAGCGGCGGCGCAAUAGUGGGAAGUAAAGAGGGUAUCUACGA